CAUGAUCACUGUGAUCCUUUGCAACCCAGGCCAUUCUGUGAUUCUGUUAUUUGAUAAGUGUUGAUAAGCUGAACCGAAAGCCAGAGAAUAGCAGUGGAAUAUCAGUACAACUGUGUCUUCUGAGCCGCUAAACAAAGCUAGGGAAGCUAGAAGAAAAGCUGGUAGGAUUAUUACAUUUCCCAUCAGUGUUAUUCCUCUCUCCUUCCCCUGCAAUCCUGAAGCAGCAACAAACUGCUUUAGUUGUUCCAAGCAAUAGAUAUCUUUUCCAUUUGCUGUAGGUGACAUUCCAUGAACUAUUCUUUAUAUCAGAGUAUCUAUCUGCCAGUUUUUUCUUUAUAUAUAUAAAUUUCAGGAGGUGUUUCUAGCACUGUCCUCCUGAUGAUUUCCUUUCUACUCAGCAAUUUCUGUCCUUCUGCCCUUGUAAGUGGCAGAACGUGGUCACAUCAGCAGCUUUUGACAAAAUUGCUGUGUGUUUGACUCCUAGCCAUUAUUGCACAUGUGAUUUUCUGCUAGAAGCCCAGGUAAAAGAUGAAUCAUUUCUCUCUGCAUUUUCUGAUGGCGUUUUCUAUUAACCAGACUGCAGACUAUCACAAACAAUACUAAAGACUCUUUUAACGUGGGAUCAAGACAGCAGCAGAAAGCUGGGUGCCUCUCAUGUACCCAACCCAGAAGCAGACAGAGAUGACAGUAGCCAUGUGUAUCAAGGCCAGAUGGGCUUGGACUCACGUGAUGUUGGCAGUGAUACCCAGCAGCCGUGCUCCUUUGACAGAUCUGUGCUUGGCAGACAUGUGCUGCAGGAACUGCUCGACCAAGCUGUCCCUGAAGGAGAGCAUCCAGCUGACAGCAUCCAGGGAGAUGGAGGUGUUUUUGCCCAUCAGCCACACAGUGAAGAAGAGUACGAGGAAGACAUUAUAGAACCACGAACUCUUAAUGAAAUAACGACGCUGACUGACAGAACCAGCCCCUGGUCCAGUGUGCUCUCAGUAGAGCUGGGAGCUGACCAGCAGCCUACAGAUAUGGAGCCUGAAGGCCAACACUUGGUGGACAUAGACUGUUUGAGGAAAGGGAGCAGCCGACGGAGCAGCACAUUGUCCAGCACACCACAAGGUGACAACAGAAGCUUGCUCACCUCUCUUAGCUCAUGCAUUAGCCCUCACAUGUUGCAGAGCAGUCCUUGGACAGGGGCUGAAGGCUUUAAGAGCUUGAGUAAUGGCACAGAAACAGCUGACAGGGAGCCAGUUCAGCCUGCUUGUUUGUCAGAAUUGCAUCAGACAGUCAGCAGCCUGGUAGAAAAUGGAAAUUACGUCUGGGACAGAACACUUAACACUAAGCAAGUAGAGCAGCAGCACACAGAGUUUCACGCGGCCUCCAAGGAGCUACUGGAAUUUCCAGAAGACAUUAGUCUGACUGCUCCAAAAGCCACAGCCAGAGAGGAAGAAAGCUGUGAAGUUUUAAAUGAAGAUCAUCAAGUUGAGGAAAAAAGUGAUUCUGAUGAGGUCUGUGCCAACAGUGUAUCUGCCCAAGCAGGCUUGGAAAGGCACAGUGGCAGCUUGUCUGAUGGCAGCCACAAAGACCCACUGGAAGAGUCAGGAAAGUCUGAGAAACCAAAAAUGGUUUUAUCUGAUCCUGUUGUCGUUCCCAACUUCUUCCUCCCACCCCAGCAGAUGGAAGCUUCCAUGAGAAUGCUCAGCAGUUCUUCGCACCCUCCCACAGUUUUCUGACCUCAGUGUGUUCUCUGUGGCUGAGCAUGAGAUACUUGGCGCCAGUGACAGCAUUGGCGUGGGGACAGAGAGAGAAGAGAGCCAGGAGCACUGCCUGGGCUUGGGCAUAGCAAGGAAUGGUGUAAACACGCCGCAGACUCCGUGCUCUGGAAACUAUGCAGAAGGUUAAAGUUGAGCCUGCAUGGAGCCACCAACUCGGUGCAAAAAGGAGCAGCUCUGAAACGUGGUAGGAAUGGCUCAAUGUGUGCUGCACCUGGAAGGAAUCGGUGUGUUUCCAGGAAAACAGCCUUGUGCAGAGGGAGGUGAAGAAGUGCUGGUCUUUCUUUAUCCAUUUCCCAAAGAUGCUGGUGAAGCUGCAGCUGUGAAUGUGAUUUCCCAGGGUUUGAGGCUCCUCUCUGCAAGCUGGGAAUGCUCUCUGGCCACGUCAGUUCACAGCUGUGCAAUAGGAAGAGUGGAGUAGAAAGAAGAGCUGCUGAGCCUCUGUUAAGGCUGGAAAUCCCUUCUUGGAAAGGUUCUGAAGGACACACACUGCUGCAAACAGACACGGUGUGAAAAGGCAGGAGGAUUUUACUUGCUUCUAUCAGAAUGAGCACAGUCUGUUUGGCAAACACACCUUCUGUGUGGUAACUGGGAGCAUACAGACCACCAUCCACCAUCAGGGAUGUCGUAACACAGAAGGGGGAUGCUCUGCUGCCCUAUUUGCAGUGUAAGGGCACAGUGCUGUUUUGGGGUAUGCUAUUGCAUCAGUGCCACAUGCAAAACAUGGGUGAGGGACAGCAAGUUGUGUAGCAGCCUCUGGCUGAGCAGGAGAGCCACAACCUGAGUAGUGCCACCCCUACCAACAUUUCUUGAGUUGUUUAGGAUCCACCGUCAUGCAUCUUUCAUAUCCAGACACUCAUUCUCACCAAAAAGGAUGAGUAAAAAAGAGUAUUUAGACAAGAAAUCAACACUUGAAUAACAAAGCAGCCCUGAGGAGAGGGAUUUGGGGCUGUCGCUGGAUGGAAGACUCGCUGUGAGCCAGCUGUGUGCGCUGGUAGCCCAGAAGGCCAAUGGUGCCCUGGGGUGCAUCAAGAGAAGGGUGAGCAGCAGGGACAGGGAGGGGAUUCUGCCCUCUGCUCUGCUCUUGUGAGAGCCCACCUGGAGCACUGCAUCCAGAUCUGGGACCCCCAACACGAGAAGG